AUGUCAGAGCCUAUCACUCUCUACGAUAUAUCCCGCAAAGGUUUCGAGCAGGCGUCCGAGAGCGAGAAAUGCUGGAGCAUGAAUACGUGGAAGACACGCUACGCAUUGAACCUCAAAGGCCUCAAGUUCAAGACGAAAUGGCUCAGUUUCGCCGCGAUCGAACCUAAGAUGAAGGAACUCGGCGUUGCGCCGCACGCCACUACGAUCAAGUAUACCGUUCCGACGAUCUACGACCCCAAGACGAAGAAAGUCGUCACGGAGUCGUUCGCUAUCGCAAAGUACCUCGACGAGACGUAUCCGGAUACGCCCCGUCUCGUUGCGCCAGGCACCGCCGUCUUGCAUAGAACCUUUCUCAUGAGGGUCGUUGGCCCCUUGCUCGAAGCGACGUUCCCGAUCAUCUGCUUCCCCAUCUACGAGCAGUGCUGCAUGGAUGAGGCAGACGAGAAGCUGUUCCGCACGACGCGUGAGGAGUGGGAAGGGAUGAAGCUUGAAGAUAUUGCGCCCAAGACUGAGGAGGCGCUGGACGAAGCGUACAAGACGUUCGAGAGGCAACUUGACGGUGUUGCCAAGCUCGUCGCAGUGGGCGGCGCACACUCUGUUUUUAUUGGCGUCGACGUGCCAUGUCAAAGCGAUACCGCCCUAGCGGCAACUCUGACGUGCGUUCUCAGGAUCUGUGGCAAAGAGGGGGAGCUUUCUAAGAUCAUCUUGAGGCACGAGUGGGCGAGCAAGUUCAUGCGAGCCAUGUCUGAAUGGGAGUAG